UAAGCGGCGAUCUCGAUCUCUCGAUCAGUUGGCAAAAUCAAAGCUGUAACCAACUUCGGGGAAGAGCAUUAACAGCGUGACCGCACCCGAAAGUGACCUGAAGGUGACAGUGGAAGGCCUGUUGAUUGAUGUUACGUGAUUUUAAUAAUAGAUUUGCAUGCUUAGUUGUGAAAUGAAGUGCAGUAGUGAUCGUGAAGAAAAAUGACAAAUUGGUGCUAUUUUGUCAACCCGAAGAUCCCCAAGCAGUGAAAGAGGUUUCCAGAAAACGGCUCCCUUCAAAUAAAGGAUCACCACCUACUCUCUCUCUGGUCGCGAAUAACAUUGUGGUAGAUUUAUAUCCGUUCAUGCAGACGACAAAAACCCAUCAACAUCGUAGUCCCGAAUAAAACAAUAAGUCGAACCGAAAAACAAAUCAGUGCAAUAACCCAAGGAAAACCCCGUUCGGGUGGCUGAAAAAUGAUGGCGGCAUCUUGUCCACCUUUCAACAAGCACAUCUUCAUCGGUGGCGGGCCACCGAGCGAAACGACCGGCAGCGAGAUCUCGUCGGUGGAGAGCGACUGGGGCGACCUGCGGCUAAUUGCCGCCCAGCUGGGAGUGGCCAAUCCGGAUGAUUUGCAUGUCGAGCGGUUCAAGGUCGACCGCCAGAAGCUGGAGGAAAUGAUCAAAGUUGAAACGUAUUCAGAAGGAAUGAAUAGCGCUGAGGAGUUCUUCACAAAUAUCAUGAAGGAAACCACCACGUACGUCAGCUGGCCGUGCCGGUUGAAAAUCGGUGCGAAAACCAAAAAAGAUCCCCACAUUCGCAUCGUCGGCAAAAUGGCUGAUGUGCUGAAGGCCAAGGAUAAGGUGAUGGCUCGAUUGGAUUCUCGGGGGAGCCGCGUCAUCAUGAAAAUGGACGUCUCCUACACGGACCACUCGUUCAUAAUCGGCCGCGGGGGCAACAACAUCAAGCGCAUCAUGGAGGAGACGGCCACGCACAUCCACUUCCCGGACUCGAACCGAUCCAAUCCGACGGAGAAGAGCAACCAGGUGUCGCUGUGUGGUAGCAUGGAAGGCGUCGAACGGGCACGUGCGCUGGUUCGCAACUCGACGCCGCUGUUGAUUUCGUUCGAACUGCCGAUCCUGGCCCCGGGUAAACCCUCACCGGACAACGAAACCCCCUACGUCAAGCAGGUGGAGAAGGAAUUCAACGUGCAGGUCAUUUUUUCCACCCGGCCUAAGCUGCACUCGUCGCUGGUGCUGGUCAAGGGUUCGGAGAAGGAAGAGCUGAAGGUGAAGGAAGCCACCCACCGGCUGAUGGACUUCAUGUGCGAGAAUAUUGCGAAUCAAAUUCCCGUCCAGAUGCAGCUGGAAAUAUCCACCCAGCAUCAUCCGAUUGUGCUUGGUCGAGCUUCGGGUAAUUUGCGGGAAAUUAUGAGCAGAACUGGAACACAGAUAAUGUUUCCGGAUGCAAACGAUGUGAACAUCAAACCAAUCAAGCGCUCCCAGGUGACCAUUACCGGCACGAUAAACGGUGUCUACCUGGCCAGACAGCAACUCAUAGGAAACCUACCGAUUGCACUGAUAUUCGACUAUCCGGAGAAUACGGUCGACUCCGAGGAGAUUGCCAAGCUGAUGUACUCGCAUGAUGUGUUUAUCUCCGUUCGGCAAAAGUCCCGCCAGAGCACCCUCUGCAUCGUCAUCAAGGGAAUUGAGAAAUUCAUUUCCAACAUUUACGACGCACGGCACCAGCUACUGAAUAGCACCGGUCCGAAGGUGGUGGCAGAUAUACCUCAAUCCUAUCUGGGACCGAAUGAGCAAGCACAAAAUUCCCAAAACAUAUCCCAACUGCUUGCCGGACCAACACCACAACCGUUCUCCCCGCUGUCUCCGAUCAACCCGAUGCCAUUUGCCUCCAACGCCUGGCCAUCGCCGACUCCACCGCAGGAGUUUGCCCUCAAUCAAAUGCGAAAUCAAUUCCAAAACCUACAAAUGGGACCGUCGAAAAUGCACAACCCGUUGUCAAUGCCACCUGGCUUGGGAAAGUCACAAUUGCAUGCCAUGAAUACGUCUUUGCGACAGACGCAUCUACAGGUUCCCGGUGCACAGCAACAGCAACAGCAUCAUCGUUUGCAGCUGGGUGGCCGGGGUUCGGAUUCCGGAAUGUUCUGCCAGAACACCAGCAAUAGCAGCGCCAGUGGAGAUCAUUCCAGUGGCUAUCACAGCCUCAACUGUAGCAACAGUUCCCUGGAACAACAGCUGCAAUCGAUUCCGGGCUCUUCCGGAUCUGCUUCCACGUCGCUAACCAACAGCUCACCCGAGACCAGCGGAAUCGGCAGUGCUGCAGCGCUGAACCGGUGCCGCCAUUUAAGCUACAGUGACAGUCCCCAGUACCAGACGGACCCCUCGGACCAGCGGACGCCGAUGGCCUACGAGCAGAAGAGCACACUCAACGAUACCUUCGUGUUCAACUUUGACCCACGUGUCGUUGCCGGCUACAAAGCGAUGCACAUGCCCCCGCAACAGGGCGAGCUCCGUACCCCGACACCGUCCUGGCAGGGUUUGGGCCUCAGCCAGACCUCUCCGGUCCCGCUGGAGGCAUGCGACCUGAGCUGGGUCAACAGCAGCGGCGGCAGCAGCAGUAGCGGAAACGAGUCACGUCUCAACAUGACUACCACGAUGAUCGAGGUCACUCCGAUGCGUCAACGUGAGCAGCUAUCGCAGUACAAUGACGUUACAUCCAUCCUGACCAACCUGGGCCUGGAGCAUUACAUCAAAAACUUCAUCAAAGGUGAAAUUGACAUGAGCGUGUUUCAGACGCUCACCGACCAGGACUUGCUGAAUUUGGACAUCAAGCCACUGGGCGCUCGACGUCGGAUACUGAUGGCCAUCCAUGACAUGUACACCCGCCACCAUGGGAACCCAUUCGCCAACAUGUCCCCGUCUUCGUCGUCGAUGUCCCGCUUCUCCGGUUCGGCCGCACCAGGAGCUGAACGCCGGACUUCCAGCGGCCAAUGAGCAGCGGUGAUCGAGUAGUUGCCGAUGAUGUUGUGAUAUGCUGAACACUUGACACUGAAAGGAAAUACAAAGAAAAGAUGUCCGAAAACAACCCACGGCACUUUGGAGAAACGACGACACGCGUUGAUUUGUCGGAGGAAAAAUUAAUUAAACUUGUUUUUAAUUAAUCGUUUCCUUGCAACAGUCCCCCGCGCGUGUCUGACUAGAUGGAAAAUCCCGUUCAAGGCACUAAUUGAAUAUCGAUUUCUCCAAAGAUGCAGCAUCACCGAUCGCCGCUGGGAACGUGCUCGUGUUUGUAUGCGCAUUAAUGCAGCAAAUUUCGUCGCCUGGAGCCGGAAGAUGUGAUUGUACAAAGUGUUUAAUCUGUGUUAAAUCCUUUUCGGAUUGCAUCUCCUACGGCAAUGCUUGUGCAUUGAUCCUGAAAAGAUUGCAACCGUACCAUUCGGCUGUCUGCAAGGAAGCAUUCGAAAUGAACAACGGUAAAAUAUUUUUUAAUUAAAUGCACCAUCUCUCUGGCUGCCGGUGGUACGAGCUUCAAACUGCAGAAAACAUUUCCUCAUCCGGCCGACGUAUUUCCUGGUAGCAACAGCAUCAACGUCAUCCUCACCAGCAGGAGAAGCAACAACAAAGUCACAUCCAACGUUCGUCGUCACCAUCUGCAUUAUAUUUAUUCAUUUUCAUCGCCUCAUCCCACCACAUUCAAUUAACACUCAUCACACACACACACACACACACACACUGCACGAUUUUGACCAGUUUUUGCCUCAUUUUCUCACACUAAAAUUGCAUGCAUCUCAUCAGACACAUAGUUUUUAAACGUUCCGGGAAAAAUCCGCCUGUUUUCAUUAUCGCAGCUUAACCACUCUCUCACUCGCUCGGUGUAGUCUUGUCCAUCCUCAAAUUAGUUUGCUAUACGGGAUUUCACUUCAUGGCUGCAUGGAUAAGACGACCAUCGUGACUGAGGUAAUUUAAAUAAAAAUUCAAUUUCAUCUCCCUUUCACCAUCAGUGGUGGAGUGGCGAUGAGAGCCGAGGGGAUUUUUCUUUUAAGUGAAACGAAACAUUGAUUGUACUGUAAAGUCGAAAUUUUAAAUAGUCAAUUAGUUGCCGGUCAAGGUUUCGUUUCGCUGGAAAUUUAGGGUUUCAAAUAAUUAGUUUAAGUACACAACAAUCGAUACCCCUUUGUGAACACUGUUAGGCUACACCUGAAAUAGUACUGUAAGAGUAGAUCUCUACGAAUAAUGCAAAGGCCAGCACACAUUACAGAAGCGGUUCGGUUUGCACUCGUCUCAGUUUGCCGAUUGUUUGUAAGCACUGAAGAAGUUUUCUUUUUAAUAUAAAUUGCAUGUUCAUUCAUCAUUCAGCAUUUAAUCCUGUGGUUGUUUAAAUUUUGGCAUUUCUUGUUAGAAAAACGAUAAUUAUUUGAUUGCUUUUGACUCACUGGUUGUUUUUGUAUGGUAACUGACUGUAGUUGGGAGUAACUCAUAAUUAUCAUCGCGUUGGUUAAUCA